ACACGAAAAGGGUCCUUCUGAACAUCGCAUCCGCCCGCCCUCAACCCUUCAACCGGCCUCUUCUCCCUUCACCUCCUCAGCUCCGCCGGACGUGUCCGGUCUGCACCUGAAGCUGGCCACAGACGAGAGUCUAACGUUCGCCUACGUCGUCGUGCCGGACGUGUUGGGCUACCAGUUCACGCUGAGCAAAGAGACGCGCCGCGACGACGCGGCCGUCGUGCUCGACGGCCAGUCGAGGCAAGAGUUCACCGUCGCCGGCCUCGACGCCUGCACGAGGUACACGGUCGUGGUGCAGACACUCACCUCCGCCAGCGCUUCGCCCGGACUCCGCCUCACCGAGACCACACGUACGUCCGAGCCAGCCGGUCCGAUUCGCCAUCUUCCGGCUCGUUCUGUUUGCAGAGUUUGUGAUUGUUUGUUGGUUUUUUCCACUUUCAUUUCGGCAAACAUUCUCGAGCUCGAGCCAGCGUUCGUGUGGUUUUGCCACGACCAUCGGCUGAAUGCGGUCUACAGGACAUGCUCGGAGCGGGAUAUGAUUCCUACCAAACCUUCCAGGUAG